CUUCGACCAACAUUCUCGAGUCGUUGAGAGUUUCGCAAGCCAGCUGCUACGCCCGGGGCAGCAAUUAUCGGCUUCAUACAGUUUCGCCAAAAUGAUCUCAAGAAGAUCUACCAGAGAAGUCUUGCUUCUCUCCAAGCAAUUGGGCCGCCAAUGCCGUCGAACACCGUUAUCGAGCAGCGUCGGCACGUCCCCGAUCCUCCCCCUGCGGAGUUGUCCUCGACGCGGCGUCGCGACAUUCACCCCGCCCUACCAAGCCGGCGCAAUUUCCGUGAUAAAGAGCAAUGUCGACGAGAGCUCCGACGAGUUCAAGGAGAAUGAGAGGCUGAUGGGCGAGGCGAUGACCCGCCUGGAGGAGCUGACCAGGAGGGUCCACCAGGGCGGCUCUGCGAAGGCGCGGGAGAAACACCUUGCCAGGAAGAAGAUGCUCCCCAGGGAUAGAGUCACGGCUCUUGUCGACCCGGGAACAAGUUUCCUUGAGCUCUCUCCUCUGGCUGGCCACGAAUUGUACCCGGAAGCCGACGUCCCCGCCGGAGGCAUCAUCACCGGCGUGGGCGUGGUUGAGGGAGUCACUUGCAUGAUUGUCGCCAACGACAGCACGGUAAAAGGAGGGACAUAUUAUCCUAUCACUGUCAAGAAGCAUCUUAGGGCGCAGGCCGUCGCUCAAGAAAAUAACCUGCCGUGCAUCUAUCUGGUCGACUCCGGCGGCGCGAAUCUUCCCCAUCAGUCAGACGUCUUCCCAGACCGUGACCACUUCGGCCGCAUCUUCUUCAACCAGGCGCGAAUGUCUUCAGCCGGCAUUCCGCAGAUUUCCGUUGUUAUGGGCCCUUGUACGGCCGGAGGGGCCUAUGUACCAGCGAUGAGCGACGAGAGCAUCAUAGUGCAGGAGCAGGGCCACAUCUUCCUCGCCGGGCCACCCUUAGUGAAGGCGGCCACGGGCGAGGUGGUCAGCCCCGAGGACCUGGGAGGCGGCAAGAUGCACUCGUCCGUCUCGGGAGUCACCGAUUACCUAGCUGUGGACGAUGCGCACGCCAUCGUACUUGCCAGGCGGUGCAUCAGCAACCUCAACUGGCCCAGCAAGCAGCCGGCGACUCCAGCCGAGUACUCGGAGCCCCUCUAUCCCCCGAGCGAGCUCCUCGGCAUCGCGUCCACUAACCUCCGCAAGCCGCUCCCCAUCCACGAGGUCAUCGCCCGCAUCGUCGAUGGCUCCUCGUUCUCCGAGUUCAAGCGCGACUACGGCACGACGCUCGUGACGGGGUUCGCGAGCAUCUACGGGCAGCAGGUGGGCAUCGUGGCCAACAACGGGAUCCUGUUCAGCAGCUCGUCGGUCAAGGGGGCGCACUUCAUCGAGCUGUGCGCGCAGCGCGGCAUCCCGCUCGUCUUCCUGCAGAACAUCAGCGGGUUCAUGGUCGGGGCCGACGCCGAGCGGGAGGGCAUCGCCAAGAACGGCGCCAAGCUCGUCACCGCCGUGGCGUGCGCCGACGUGCCAAAGUUCACCGUCGUCGUGGGCGGCAGCUACGGCGCGGGCAACUACGGCAUGUGCGGGAGGGCGUACGGCCCGCGCUUCCUGUGGAUGUGGCCUAACGCGAGGAUAGGCGUCAUGGGCGGCGAGCAGCUGGCCGCCGUCAUGGAGACGGUGGGCCAGAAGGCCGACCCGGCGUUGAAGGAGAGGAUCGAGAGGGAGAGCGAUGCCGUCUACUCUUCGGCGAGGUUAUGGGAUGAUGGUGUCAUUCCUCCGGCACAAACCAGGAGGUAUCUCGGCUUGGGCCUUAGGGCAGCAUUGGGAGGACGCAACGUAGUGGAGCCUGGAAAGACGAAGUUUGGGGUGUUCAGGAUGUGAGAGGGAUGUGCCAAUCAAUUGAAGCUUUGAAGCUGUCGAGUCGAGACGAGGGAACAUAGAAUAUUGGAUAUCCGACGUCGUCUACGCCGUACACUAUCGCGACGCGUAAUCGGAUAAUACUUCAGUGAAUAUUAGAUGAUCAAAGUGUGAGGGACCGCAACCGGCGUGCAUGGCAUCCCUGACU